UAAAGCUUCACAGUAUAAUCAAUAAAAUAUUAUAAUGGGUAUAAAUGACGAUAAUUUUGUUCCACCGAGGUCUCACAACUAUAUCGAUUUGGAUCUAAAUAUGUUUUCAAGUCAACGGCUAUCAAAACCACAUAUGAUUACAAUCAAAAGAACAGACGAGAAUACUCGUGAAUUUUGUGCACUCAUGCAUCUUCAAGAAGAGAAAAAAAAUCUUAAAAAAUAUUCAGACAUGAUCAUUCAACAUGCAAAUGCUGAGAAUCAUGUAAUCCAAAAAUUAUUGGCGAAACAUCAGAAACGACAAGCAUUUUAUGAUGAGCAAAUAUCUUUUCAUCAGCAAACAUUUGUUGAGAAUAUUGAUGAUUUGUUGUAUUUAAGGAAUGUGAUUGAAAAUUUAAAGGAACGGUUGAUUAGUAUUGGCGAAGAAAACGCUGUUAGAGAAAUUAUGGGUGAAGAAUCAGAUGAAGAAAAGGUUCCAAAUGAGGAAUAAAAUUGUUGUAUUAUCUUUUUAAAAUUAAUAAA